GAGAGAGAGAGAAUUACUUUGUAAAAUAGGCAGAGGACAGACAGUGGGAGGGAAACACAAUCCCGGGAUCCAGCACCAAGACAGCCCAGCCUAGCCCAACCCAGCCCAGAGGGACCUCACUCUGCUGGGAGAGCCGAGUUGAUUUCCCUCUCUACUACGCGCUUGAGUUUUAUGCACGACAAGGGAGAAGAGGAGAGGGGGGAAGAGGCUCAGGUUGCCUUGGUCGCAUUUGGAGACGGCAGGACUCAGGCCAAAGAAUGUGUCUUCCACGGAAGAAAAUGUCCAAGUCUUUGAAGAAGAUCGUGGAGGAGAGUCGGGAAAAGAAUUUGCCCGAGGUGGAUAUGUGUGACAGGGGAAUAUCAAGCAUGUUGGACGUCCCAGGACUGUUUACUCUCUCCAACAUCACUCAGUUGGUGCUAAGUCACAACAAGCUAACAACUGUGCCCCCAAAUGUUGCGGACCUGAAGAACCUGGAGGUGCUCAACAUGUUCAACAACCAGAUCGAGGAGCUUCCCACCCAGAUCAGCAGCCUGCAGAAGCUCAAGCACCUCAACCUGGGGAUGAACAGGUUGAGUACUCUACCCCGUGGCUUUGGCUCUCUGCCGGCGCUGGAGGUGCUGGACAUCACCUACAACAACCUGAACGAGUCCUCUCUGCCUGGGAACUUCUUCUACCUCACCACGCUGCGCGCACUCUAUCUAAGUGACAACGACUUCGAGGUCCUGCCCGCCGACAUCAGCAAACUGGCCAAGCUGCAGAUUGUAACCUGGACCUGACAGGACCCAAGCAGGUGUUCAAGGCGGAGAAUAACCCCUGGGUGACCCCCAUUGCUGACCAGUUUCAGCUGGGUGUGUCCCACGUGUUUGAAUAUGUCCGCUCCGAGACCUACAAGUAUCUCUACGGCCGACACAUGCAGGCCAACCCAGAGCCCCCCAAGAAGAACAACGACAAGACCAAGAAGAUCAGCCGCAAGCCGCUGGCCGCCAAGAACAAGUGAGAAGGACCGACGAGUGGCCAAGAUGACCGCCGAAGCCGGUCCACGCUGGACCUCACUGCAUGUGCCUUCCCCAUUACUUUUUCUAUUUAUUUAUCCGACAAACACAGAGAAAAAAAACUACAUUUUAUACGGCUUGUAUGUGUUGUAUUAAUCAUGUUACACUUUAUUGUGUUUUUUUUUUAACUGCUGCUCACUGUGUCACUCUAAGCUUCAAGCAGUCCUUUAUUUUUCAAAUGUCUGUAUAUUUUCAAAUGAACCUUCUUAUUCAACCCCUGUUGUAACAAGUGGCCUUCAGCUGAAUGCAAGUAAUUGCCAGUCUAAAUGUCUGUAGAUGAAGCCAAAGCAAUUUGUGCAGAGAUUAACCUCCACGCACCAUGAAACAAGCCCUGCGAUUCCUGAUGUUGUGAUGCUGUAGAAGUUGAGCAAACUUUCGUUUUCCUGUUCCAAGAUCUUGUUUUGCUAUUGGAGGUGCUAAUUAUUUUGUAUCCAUUGCAUAUGCCACACAAGAGCAUCUCGCCCAGGCCUCUCUGGAGAGGUGGAGGGUAUUAUCUGAUUCCCCACCCCGGCUUGAUCCGAGCCCACACAAACAAGGCCGGGUGGGCAGAGCCAUCUUCUCCUCCAACACCACCAACACCGCCACCACCGCCUCCGUCUCGCUGCACCCGGGCUUUGCUCGGCAAGGCUGUUGCAUAAGCAGAGGGGGAUUUUGGUCGGGGUUUAGGGGGUCUUAACUCUGCGAAGAGGUUUUUGUGUUCAGUCUCCCAA